AAAACUUCUGAUGGAGGGCCCCCAGACUCAGAGGCAGAGAAACCGGGUGCUCUGAGUAUGGAAAGCACCCCUCCUUAGGCCCAGCGGGCAGAGAGGGAAAGAGGAAGGCCGCCCACCUUCUCUGGACACCUGACUUGCCAGAGGGCUGACGUAGGUGCCCCAUCUCUGAGGAAGGGCCGAGCCAGAGGGCAGUCUGAGGCUCGGGGUGGGAUGGGGGGCUCUGAUUCUCCAAACCUGUCAUGAGGUUCUGGGCCACCAUUUGAAGUGCUGGCCUUUAAGGGUUCCUGGACCACCGAUUCGCUGACCUGGAGACCAUGGAGUCCAACCUGCAGGGGACCUUCCUCCUGAACAACACACAGCUGGCCCAGUUCUCAGAAAUGAAGGCUCCCAUGUGCCAGUACUCGGUGCAGAACUCUUUCUACAAGCUCAGCCCUCCGGGACUUGGCCCCCAGCUGGCGGCUGGGACUCCCCAUGGAAUCACUGACAUCCUGAGCAGACCGGUUGCCACCCCGAACAGCAGCCUCCUCUCUGGCUACCCCCACGUGGCAGGCUUUGGUGGACUCAGCUCCCAGGGCGUCUACUAUGGCCCCCAGGUGGGGAGCUUUUCCAAGGCUGGAAAUGAGUACCCGACCCGGACCCGGAACUGCUGGGCAGACACAGGCCAGGACUGGAGAGGCAGCGCUCGGCCAUGCAGCAACACUCCAGACCCCCUGAGUGACACUAUCCACAAGAAAAAGCACACCCGCCCUACCUUCACGGGCCACCAGAUCUUUGCCCUGGAGAAAACCUUUGAGCAGACCAAGUACUUGGCUGGCCCAGAGCGGGCGAGGCUGGCUUAUUCCCUGGGCAUGACGGAGUCACAGGUCAAGGUGUGGUUCCAGAACCGCCGGACCAAGUGGAGGAAGAAGAGCGCCCUGGAGCCCUCAUCCUCCACACCCCGGGCCCCGGGAGGUGCGAGCGGGGACCGCGCGGCCUCGGAGAACGAGGACGAUGAGUACAACAAGCCGCUGGACCCGGACUCGGACGACGAGAAGAUCCGCCUGCUGCUGCGCAAGCACCGGGCCGCCUUCUCCGUGCUCAGCCUGGGCGCGCACAGCGUGUGACCCCGGGCUAGCCGCGCCGACCAGCCUUCCCCUCCCCUUUCCGUGCAGUCCGCUGUGGGCAGGGACCAGAGAAGAGGAGUUGGGGGGAGGGGGAGGAAAAGACGAAGGAAGAAGAAAGAAGAAGAGGAGGAGGAAGCGAGAGGGAAGGAAGGGAAGGAGACGAGGGAUGGUGAGUGCCCCGAGGGAGAAGAUGGCACACCUCUCUGUCAUUCCUCCCCUCUGGGCCCCUUGCCCUGUCAGCCCUGCUCUAAAGUGAGCAGGCUUAUUUUUUGCAGCAGGGAACCUGGCUAUGGAGCGCUCCAGAUGCGCUGUUUUCCCCUCUAAGGAUCAGCUGGUUAGGGAGUCACACAAAGUACCGCACCUAGUCGUAGGCUGGGACUGCAAAGCAAAAGACGGAGCCUGAAGUCCAGAUGUGCUUUCUAAUGAUCCCACCGCUGGGGGGCGGGUCCUGAAAAUAGGAACUCUUCUAACCCUGAGUUUCAGGACCCUGUGACCCCCAACUGCACUUUACUUUCAACGCAGAUCCCACUGUACCAAGGAAGACUCUGGGAAAGAGACGAGGGGAUGCCAGGCAGAGGGGAAACAGAUGAGAAAAUCCUAAGGUUUUGUUGUCUCUGGGAGGUACCCACCAAGGCAACCCAGGGCAUCCAUCAGAGUUUGGGAGCAUCUCAGCAGGACAGAGAGAAGGGCUCUGAAUGCCACACUCCUCCAAUAGGGACACCAGACUGGGCGAACCCUAGGCAGAAUAAGGGGUUGGGAGUGCUGCUGGACACCGAGGCUUUUAAAACAAAACUAGAAUAAAGAUGAAAAUCCCAGAAACCGUCCCCGCGGCUCCUGCACUUUUCUAAAGGGAAUAUUGGCAGUGUUCUCUCCCGUCAUGAAGUUGGACUGGAAAGAUGGCUCGGCGGUUACUGCUGCUCUUCUGGAAGACUUGGAGCUGGGUUCGCAGCUACAGGCUGCUCACAACGGCCUGUUAACUCCAGCUAUAGGUGUUCCGACGCCCUCUUCUGGCCUCCUCAGGUACUGCAUGCAUGCUCACAGACACACAUGCACUCUGUGACUAAUAAAAAUAAAUUCUUUGUAAAAUAAAUAGAUAAAUAAAUCAGUCUAAAAAAGAAGAAGAAGCAGAAACC